UUGAAAUGUGCCAUCGGCAAAAUCAUAAAGCUAUUACAAGUUUCGAAUUUUGCUCUUUAGUCCCUCAAUUUAUAUUUGAAAUUCACUAAGGUCCUAAAAUGGGCACUGCUCAAAGCAGGGAAGAUCGGAUCACCGAUUCAGAAUCCGAUGAAGGCUAUGAAGAAGAAGAAGAGGAGGAGGAGGAGCAAUACGACGACGCUUUAAGCGAUCAUCAAAACACUCAAUCUUCAUCUUCAACUUCAACUUCUUCAGGUACUCAGAAAAGCCUCGACGAUAUCGAUGCUAAGCUCAAAUCCUUGAAAUUGAAAUACAAUUCUCAGCAAUCAAGCCAUAAUCUCAAAAACCCAGUUAAGCUUUACCUUCAUACAGGCGGGAACACACCCAAAGCGAAAUGGGUAAUCUCUGAAAAGCUCACUUCUUAUAGUUUCACUAAGGAAAAUGGUGAUAAUGAUGAGAAUUGUUGGGUUUUGGAAGUAGGAACGAAAGUUAGGGUUAGGGUUUCGACUGAAAUGCAAUUGAAAAUGUUAGGGGAUCAGAAGAGAGUCGAUUUUGUGGAUAAAGCUGUUUGGGCUUUGAAGUUUUUAAGUGAUGAAGAGUAUAGGAAUUUCGUUACUCAAUUUCAGAAUUGUUUGUUUGAGAAUGUUUAUGGUAUGGAAGCUAGUGAAGAGAACAAGGUUAAGGUUUAUGGAAAGGAAUUUAUUGGGUGGAUGAAACCCGAGGUGGCCGAUGAUUCCAUGUGGGAAGACGCGGAUGAUCUGAGCUCGGGUUCAAUUCCGGUUAAAGGGAAUCGAGAGUUGAUGGAAGAGUUUGAAGAAGCUGCUAAUGGAGGUGUUCAAAGUUUGGCUUUAGGUGCAUUGGAUAAUAGUUUCUUGGUUAAUGAUUUGGGUGUUCAAGUUUAUAGGAACUUUAACCGUGGGAUUCAUGGGAAAGGAAUUUGUGUUAAGUUUGAUGCUGGUGGUUCGAGAAUCGGAGGAAGUCCGUCGAGUUCGACUCCCAAAAAGGCUUUGUUAAUGAGGGCCGAAAGGAAUAUGAUGCUUAUGAGUCCAGAGAAUGAAGGGAAACCGAAUGCAACAGGGCUCAAGCAGGUUGAUAUCGAGACAGGGAAGAUUGUCACGGAGUGGAAAUUCGAGAAAGACGGUGCCGAUAUCACAAUGAGAGAUAUCACUAACGAUACCAAAGGGUCGCAAUUGGAUCCCUCGGAAUCGACAUUUUUGGGUUUAGAUGAUAAUAGGCUGUGUCAAUGGGAUAUGAGAGAUAGAAAAGGGAUGGUUCAAAACAUUGCAACAAGUGGUUCACCUGUUUUGCAUUGGUCUCAAGGGCAUCAAUUCUCGAGAGGGACAAAUUUUCAGUGCUUUGCGAGCACUGGAGAUGGGUCAAUUGUGGUCGGAUCACUUGACGGGAAGAUUCGGUUGUAUUCGAAGACAUCAAUGAGGCAGGCCAAGACUGCAUUUCCCGGUCUCGGUUCACCGAUCACUCAUGUGGAUGUUACCUAUGAUGGGAAGUGGGUUUUGGGCACAACUGAUACGUAUCUGGUCCUCAUUUGCACUCUGUUUACAGAUAAAGACGGGAAGACAAAAACCGGGUUUAGUGGUAGAAUGGGGAAUAAAAUUCCAGCACCCAGAUUGUUGAAGUUGACUCCUCUGGAUUCACAUCUAGCUGGGAACAAUAAUAAGUUCCAUGGUGGACAUUUCUCAUGGGUCACCGAGAAUGGUAAACAGGAGCGACACCUAGUUGCAACCGUGGGGAAAUUCAGCGUGAUAUGGGAUUUCCAGCAAGUGAAGAACAGCGCUCACGAAUGCUACCGGAAUCAACAGGGUCUCAAGAGCUGUUAUUGCUACAAAAUCGUAUUGAAGGACGAAUCUAUCGUAGAGAGUCGAUUCAUGCACGACAACUUCGCCGUUAGUAACUCACCCGAAGCUCCGCUGGUUGUGGCAACUCCGAUGAAAGUCAGCUCUAUUAGCCUCUCUGGCAGAGGAUGACAUUUGCCCAAGUAGAGGAUUUUACUUUUCAUAUACGUAAAGAGAAACUUAUCCAUAUCUGACAUUCGCUCACAUCAUAUGCUUUGUGUUUGUAUUAAGAAAAUUUUUUUUUCGAUUCUGCAUCUUGUAAUUGGUUAAAAAGCUUGGAUUGUUGAACAACAGUGUGAUUGUUUUUCUUUUCACGCACUUGUAAAUAAUAUAUGGUACAUGAGUUUCUCUUUUAUCUCUUUCAA